UGCUGUCACUCACAUGUUAAGUAGUCCAUUCUCAGCUACCUGCCGUCUCACACUUCCCUUCUCUGACCUCUAUACAAUCGCCUCCAUUUCAUCUUUUCUGAUCACAGGUAAUCGGAAAAUAUGGAAUACAAGAACCUCGGUCGAUCAGGAUUGAAGGUGUCACAGCUCUCAUACGGUGCAUGGGUCAGUUUCGGCAACCAGUUAGACGUAAAAGAAGCCAAAACUCUACUCCAAUGUUGCCGUGACCAUGGCGUCAACUUCUUCGACAACGCAGAGGUCUACGCCAAUGGCCGAGCUGAAGAAAUCAUGGGACAAGCAAUCCGAGAACUCGGAUGGAAACGCUCUGACAUCGUUGUGUCUACUAAACUGUUUUGGGGAGGGCCAGGACCCAACGACAAGGGUUUAUCCAGGAAACAUAUCAUCGAGGGGACUAAAGCUUCUUUGAAACGACUGGAUAUGGAGUAUGUCGAUCUGAUUUACUGUCAUCGACCGGAUUUGCAAACGCCGAUUGAGGAAACAGUUAGGGCUAUGAAUCAUGUGAUCGAUAAAGGUUGGGCGUUUUAUUGGGGAACUAGUGAGUGGUCUGCGCAACAGAUUACGGAGGCUUGGGGGAUUGCGAAUCGGUUGGAUCUCGUCGGACCGAUCGUUGAACAGCCUGAGUAUAAUAUGUUUUCUAGACAUAAGGUUGAGAAUGAGUAUCUUCCUUUGUAUAACAACUAUGGCAUCGGGCUUACAACUUGGAGUCCACUUGCAUCUGGAGUUUUGACCGGAAAGUACAACUCAGGGAUUCCGGCUGAUAGUCGAUUUGCUUUGGAGAACUACAAGAAUCUUGCGAGUAGAUCAUUGGUGGAUGAUGUUCUUAAGAAAGUUAAGAACCUAAAACCAAUUGCUGAUGAACUAAAAGUCCCCUUAUCCCAGCUUGCAAUUGCUUGGUGUGCUGCAAAUCCGAAUGUAUCAUCAGUUAUUACUGGUGCUACAAAGGAGUAUCAGAUACAAGAGAACAUGAAGGCCAUUGAUGUCAUUCCAAAGCUUACACCUGAAGUGAUGGAGAAGAUCGAGGCUGUUGUUCAGAGCAAACCAAAGAAGCCUGACUCUUAUAGGUGAAGGUACAUUACACACACAGAGAGAGUGAGCUUCUAUAGACAUUCAGUUUUAUGUUUGUACCCUGAGAUUGUUACAAUAACAGUUAUUGAAUCUUAUAUCAUGUAGUUGACCCAAUGUGUAAUUGGGAUCUGGUUUGCGAAUCUAUCACCAUUGAACACCAGUUGGUAGGUUUGUGAUCAUUUAAUAUAUUAAUGGAAUGGUUUAUUGGAUUGGUAUAAGAAAAA